CUAACCAACAACCUACAACAUACUCUGUGUUGUAUUUUCUCUGACUGGUUGCUGCUUCAAUCCACCUUUAAUAUACGAUGGCUGCGUGUAACAAACUUCUGUUUGCAACCAUAAUUCUCUCUGCCGCCUCUUAUAUCUGCACCGUAACAUUCAAUGCCUUGUCAGCAGUAGCACAAAAAGGAUUAUUCUACACUACCGCCAGCAAUAUUUCAGAUAAGUAUUCACUGGACGUCACCCCAGCUGGUUGGACAUUUUCCAUUUGGUCUGUAAUUUACAUUUGGAAUGGAAUUUGGAUCGUAUAUGCGGUCUCCACACUUUUCCGGAGAAAUAAACAGGACUAUGUGUACAUCAACCCAGGAAUCCACUCCUUUGAAUUUUUUGUUUUGUGGAUAUUGAACAAUAUCAUAAACAUUGGUUGGCUAUUCCUUUGGGACAGAGAGUACCUUAUAUUCUCCAAUGUUUUCUUAGCCCUAAUCCCAAUCACAUGUUUUAUGAUGCUUCAGAAAUCAUACCGUAGUUGCUACCGACAUGGAGCCCUGUUAUCAGAAAAUAAUAAGGUAGACCUUUGGUGCACAAGAAUCUUGGUACACAAUGGAUUAGCAAUGUAUGCUACAUGGACCUCAAUUGCAACAGUCAUUAAUUUUGGCAUAGUGUUAAAAUAUAAAAUACCAAUUCAAGACCCUGAAGUCAGCAACAUGGUUCUGUGCCUCGUUUUCAUUGCCUUGAUAUUGUGGUUCUUGAUGGAAACAUUUCUCUUUGAAAAAUAUGUACGUUAUACCUUUACAAUUUACCCCGUGGCAAUUGUUGCUUCAGUUGGUGUCUUUAGUGGACGGUCACAGUCUUCCCCCUUGACUGAAACUGAUAUAAUCAAUGUUGUGCUUAUAGCUGUGAGCUCUGCCGCCUGCCUUCUGCGUUUCGUACUUAUAUUCUCCUGUCAUAAACUCCGGCCUUUGUUCUCUGAGAAAAACCUCCAUAUAGCCAAAGGAAACAGGCAUGCUACUAAAGAAGAUCUCCAGGUCAAUGGUCACACCAACUCAGUUGCACUAGAAAUGAUGGAUUCAUAAUGUUGUAGUUUAGUACCAACCUCUUGUACUACUAUUUAUUGUCAUGUCAUGUAAAUCAUUAUAUAACUUACUAACUAAGCAAAAUGUUAUUUGAUUAUGAGAGCAAUGUUAGAGAUGUGCUAAAGCGUGAGUGCCCAAGAGCAAUACCCAUGGGCCACAGACAUACCACACUAUCAGAAAAAGCACAGGUCCCAAAGAGAUAUAAUGUUUAUUAUUCUAUUAUUAUUACAUGUAAAUUUCAUAGAGCUAUUACAAUGCUUAGUAUUAGUUCAAUGUUUUAAACAAAUAAGACAUUCUGACUUCAGACAGAUGCCCCCAGUUUAGGAUUCUGGGGCAAAAACAGUCUUGAAACUGUUACCAUGUUAUCAAUUCCUAAAAUUUUGAAUAAACUAUGACCCUUAGGCAACAAGCUUGAGAUCUGCUCUAAUAGACCUAGGAUAUAUGGCUUUUCUCAAUAAAAUAAUCACUCUCAGUUUCAUGUACUUUACAAGUGAAAAAUUCCCCUGGAAACUAUGUAUUUCUGUAUUAUAGUUGCACCUUUUUGUGACAAUGAUUUGUAAUAAAGUUUAUUUUUAAGAAAGUGUAUGAAA